UAUAUCUGAGGAAGAAGGACAGCAGGAAGGCUGUGCCUCAGCUAGAUUCCAAGCCUGGCCCCCAAGAACAAGGGGAGGUGAGCGGACCACACCCUUAGCAGGACAUCCCAGCACCCUGAGGGUAAGGCCUGGGUGGGAGGGAGAGAAGGGAGAACCUGGAAUUUGCCUGGACUGGCUUUCCAAAAACAGUGACCAGAAAGGGAAAGGAUCUAUGUGACAACACAUGGGCGAAGGCCAUUGUCGGGCUGGCUUGGGUCACCGCAAAUUCCUGUCCCCCAGGACCUCUGCAUGUCUCUGUAUUUGAAGACAGGGGCUUUCCAGAGGUCAUUAAGGUAAAAUGAGGUCAUUGGGGUAUCCUCAUAAAAGGAGGAAAUUAGGACACAGACACACAGAGGGACGGCCACGUGAGGACAUGGAGAAGGUGGCGUCCGCAAGCCAAGGAGAGGGGCCCCAGGAGACACCAGCCCUGCUGACCCAUGAUCUCAGCCCCCCAGCCUCCAGGCUGCUGUUCACACCCCCCAGUCGGUGGCGCCUUGCUGUCGUUUUGUUUUUUUUUUGAGAUGGAGUCUUACUCUGUCAUGCAGGCUGGAGUGCAGUGGCGCGAUCUCAGCUCACUGCAACCUCCACCUCCUGGGUUCAAGCAAUUCUCCUGCCUCGGCUUCCCAAGUAGCUGGGAUUACAGGCGCCCACCACCACACUGGGCUAAUUUUUGUAUUUUUAGUAGAAACAGGGUUUCACUAUGUUGGCCAGACUGGUCUUGAACUCCUGAACUCAGGUGACCCACGCACCUCAGCCUCCCAAAGUGCUGGGAUUACAGGCGUGAGCCUCCGCACCUGGCCAGUGGCACCUUGUUAUGGCCGCCUGAGCCUACUAAGGCAAGCCUGGGAAAAAGUACUUCAUCUCAGGUGUACCCCAUCUCGUGCGUGCCCCACAGAGUUCCAGGCUGCCUGGUGCUCCAGGCACUCCUCUCUAAGGGAAGGGUGGAGGGGGUGCAGAGAUGGAGAACUUACCCGUUCUGGAGUGACACAUGAACCCAAGACCCAAUAAUUCCCAAAGGAAAGUGGGGGUGAAGCAGGGUGGGCUCCAGGCAGCACAGAGAGGUCAGGGACAGAAGUCGGAAGAGAUAAGGCGGAGAUGUCCCAAGAGCCAGGUUACCCAGGGCAUGGAGUUUGGACUUGGGGCUGGGGGUGCAGAGGGAGGCCCCAUACGGCAGUAUCAGAAUAGUUUUAGGAGACUCGUCCUGCUGCUUUAUGGAGGACAGCUUGGGGCAUGGGAGGGGCCAGGGAGGGAACCCAGUGCAGGUAUGAGGUGCCAGUGCUGCCGACCCAUCACAAACCUCCCCCUCAAAGAACACAUCUGCCUGGCAGAGUUCCUAAGCCUCGAGCAGCUGCCAGGAGACUCAUUUCGAUUAGGACACACGUCUGGAGGCCACCCCAAGGUGGCUGGGGGCAGAAUGGGGCAGGAGGCCCUGCAAUUCCAGGGUUGCCCAGGCACUGAGAAUCCUGGCUCUCAUCAUAAUGGGCUGAGGUUCUGGGGACAAUCUGAGUGGCGGCUCUGAGCAAGCUGAGCCCAGGGAGGCUUUGAGGUACACAGGGUCCCUUGGGGGGCCUGAGAGCAGCCAUGAGGAGGCACAGUGAGACAGACGUGGAGGAGCAGACCCAGGAGCUGAAGACCAUCACUCAGCUCCAGGAGCAGUGUCGGGCACUCCAGAUCCAAGGGGGGAAAGAGAAUACGGACCAGAACAAGGCCAUGCUGGCCCUCCUACGCAGCAACAUCCGCCACGGGGCCCAGGACUGGGCUUUGGCCAAGAAGUAUGACCAGUGGACCAUCUCCAAGGCCUGCGGGAAAAACUUGCCUUUGCGACUGACGCACUGCCGCAGCACCAUGGAGGUGGUGCGGGAGAAGCUGCGCAAGUACGUCUUCGACCGCGUGAAGAUGCACAACCUACUGAUCCACCUGGUGCGGCGGCGCGGGCAGAAGCUGGAGAGCAUGCAGCUGGAGCUGGCCAGCCUGCGGAGCCAGCCCGACGCCAGCAAGGAGGAGCUGCGGCUCCUGCAGAUCAUCCGCCAGCUGGAGAACAACAUCGAGAAGACAAUGAUCAAGAUCUUCACCAGCCAGAACAUCCACCUGCUGUAUUUGGACCUGCUGGAUUAUCUGAAGACAGUGCUGGCAGGAUACCCCAUCGAGCUGGACAAGCUGCAGAACCUCGUGGUCAACUACUGCUCAGAGCUGUCGGAUAUGAAGAUCAUGUCCCAAGACGCCAUGAUGAUCACAGAUGAGGUCAAGAGGAACAUGAGGCAAAGGGAGGCGUCCUUCAUCGAGGAGCACCGGGCAAGGGAGAACCAGCUCAACCAGCAGAAGAAGCUGAUUGACAAGAUCCACACGAAGGAGACCAGCAAGAAGUACCACCGGGGCCAGAUGGACUUGGACUUCCCCUCGAACCUGAUGAGCAUGGAGGCUCUGAAAUUGAGGAGGAAAGAGACCUCCACGGCAGAAAUAGAAUACCAGGCUGGCGUGACUGCUGUGGUGGAGAAGGUCAAGAGUGCUGUACAGUGCUCUCACGUCUGGGACAUCGCUGGCCGCUUCCUGGCCCAGAGGAACACGGAGGAGAACCUGGAGCUGCAGAUGGAGGAGUGUGAGGAGCGGCGGGUGCAGCUCAAGGCCCUGGUGAAGCAGCUGGAGCUGGAGAAGGCUGUGCUCAAGUUCCGCCAGAAGCCUAGCUCCAUCAGCUUCAAGUCUAUUGAGAAGAAGAUAACAGACAUGCUAAAAGAGGAAGAAGAGAGGCUCCAGCUCGCGCACAGCAACAUGACCAAGGGCCAGAAGCUGCUGCUGACCAUCCAGAUGGGCAUCGACAACCUCUACGUCCGGCUGAAGGGCAUUACCUUGCCUGCGACCCAGAGAGAAGUGGUGCUCUCCGACGCCCUCGAUUUGAACAGCAAGCUGGCGUACUGCGAGGGGAAGCUCACGUACCUGGCUGACAGAGUGCAGAUGGUGUCCAGGACCGAGGAGGGCGACACAAAGGUGAGGGACGCCCUGGAGUCCUCCACUCUGAAGGAGAAGUACAACACCAGGAUCAGCUUUGAGGACCGGGAGGAGGAUAUGAUCGACACCUUCCAGUUCGCCGACGUGGACCACAGCUACGUCCCUUCGCGCGCCGAGAUCAAGAGGCAGGCGCAGCGGCUGAUCGAGGGGAAGCUCAAGGCGGCCAAGAAAAAGAAGAAGUAGCCCCGCCGCCCCGCUCCCUGCUUUGUUACACAAAUAAACAUUUUUCGAGGA